AUGAUACUUGUUAAACAAGAUCUAUGUAAAUCAUCUAUAUGUUGUCAUCAUUUAUUGAAUAAUAAUAAUAAUAAUAUCACUUCAUUAAUUCAUAAGGUUCCAUCGAUUAAUCAUACAAAUCAUAAUCUUAAUCAUUCGAAUAAAUUAACACCAUCAUCAAUAUUAAUGAAUGUCACUAAUCAGAAAGAUAAGAAUCAUCAAUUAUGUUCAUCAAAUAAAUGUAUUACAUUAAUAUUGAUUAUAGUGAUUAUUGGAACAUGUUUAUUUGAAUGUAUAUUGAUUAUAUUGGAAUUAAUGAAAUGGAAUUGUCAAUUAACUGAACAAUUACGUGAAUUAAUUAAUCAAAUUUAUAUUCUAUUAACAUUUAUCUCAUUUAUUAUUAUAACAUAUUUAUAUGUAAGAAUAUUUAGAACAGUUAGAGAGAAUGAUUUACGAAAACAACAAUGGUUAACUACUAUUGAUCAUCAUCAUAAUACAAAUUAUACAUCAAUGAAAUUAAUGAAUAAAUCAAAUUCAUUAUUACAAUCAUCCAUUUAUAAUAAUGAAAUAGAACCAGUAUUAAAAUUAACAAAUGAACAUGACACCAAUUCAAUAGUUAUGUUUAAAGAUCCAAAAAUACAUUAUUGUGAUACAACACAAUCUAGAAGAUAUGGAUUACCAUUUAGAUUAAUGAAACAAUUAAGUUGUGAUCAAGUGAUUACAAAACAAUCACAACAACAACAACAACAACGAGAACCACCACCACCACCACAACAACAACAACAAGAACCACCACCAACACCACCACAACAACAAGUAGAACAAUGUAAUCAUCAACAUCAAUUACAGACAACUAUACAAUGGAAUAUAUUAAAAAGACGUAUUUUAUUAAAAACACCAUCUAUAUCAAGAUUAUUUGAACAAAAAUCUAAUAAAUCUAUGAUAUCAAAACAUAAUAAUCAAUCUACUGGAACAACAACAACAACAAUACCGUCUCCAAUAUCUCCAUUAUCUGUAAAUCGUUUAUUAUCUAAACGUGUAACACGUAGUCAUCGUACAGGUUUAAUGAUAUUUAUUUCUACUGUAAUAUUUUAUGCUACAUUAUUUCCUGUUUUAUGGGUACAUUUUAAAUUUUGGUGGAAAUAUACAUCACCGCCAUCCCUACCACCACCGCCAACACCAACAUCACCACCAUCACGAAUUACUCUACGAAUCAAUUACAUAAUAGAACAAAAUUUAUUUUCAAUAAUCAAGAGAAUGAUGGAAGUUUUAUGA